UGUCUCUCUUUCUCAUUUAAAAUCCCCACCUCACUCACUCUUCUCUCUCUCUCUCACAACACAACUCUCAAAAAUCCUCUAAUUCUAUUUUCCCAUUUUACCCUUCCUCCUCUUUCCAAUUUUCCAAAACCUCUCUGCCAACUUAACCUCACCGCAGAUGUAUCGUAUACUGACUACGACGACAUGAUGAAGAACACCACCACCACUACCACUCACUCUCUCCUCCUCCUUCUCCUCUUCUUCUUCUUCUUCAUCCUCUUCUCCUUCUCUCAUUCUCUCUCAAUCUCAUCCAAUGCUCCUCUCUCUUACAACGAAGUCAGAUUCAUCCAACGCCGUCAACUUCUCUACUACCGCGACGAGUUCGGCGACCGCGGCGAGAACGUCACCGUAGAUCCAUCACUAGUCUUCGAGAAUCCGAGGCUUCGUAGCGCUUACAUAGCUUUACAAGCUUGGAAACAAGCUAUCCUCUCUGAUCCUAACAACAUCACUUUGGAUUGGAUCGGAUCCAAUGUCUGUAGCUACACCGGAGUUUUCUGUUCUCGCGCUCUCGAUAAUCGCCGGAUCCGUACCGUCGCCGGAAUCGAUCUCAACCACGCCGAUAUCGCUGGGUAUUUGCCUGAGGAGCUUGGUUUGUUGACAGAUCUGGCUUUGUUUCAUGUUAAUUCGAAUCGUUUCUGUGGAACUGUGCCUCGUAAGUUCAACCGGCUUAAGCUUUUGUUUGAGCUUGAUCUCAGUAACAACAGAUUCGCCGGGAAGUUUCCGACGGUGGUUCUUCAGUUACCGUCGUUGAAGUUUUUAGAUCUCCGGUUUAAUGAGUUCGAAGGAACCGUACCAAAAGAGCUUUUUAGUAAACCUUUAGAUGCGAUUUUCAUUAACCAUAACCGGUUCCGGUUUGAGUUACCGGAAAAUUUAGGUGAUUCUCCGGUUUCGGUUAUCGUUCUUGCGAAUAAUCAUUUCCACGGUUGUGUUCCGACGAGUUUGGUAGAGAUGAAGAAUCUUAAUGAGAUUAUUCUGAUGAACAAUCAUUUGAAUUCUUGUUUGCCGGCUGAUAUCGGAAGGUUGAAGAACGUGACGGUGUUUGAUGUUAGUUUCAAUGAGCUUGUUGGUCCGUUGCCCAAGAGUGUUGGUGGUUUGGUGGAGGUUGAGCAGUUGAAUGUGGCUCAUAAUUUGUUGUCUGGGAAGAUUCCGGCGAGUAUUUGUCAGCUUCCCAAGCUUGAGAACUUCACUUAUAGUUAUAAUUUCUUUACUGGUGAAGCUCCUGUGUGUUUGAGGUUGUCUCAGUUUGAUGAUCGGAGAAAUUGUUUGCCGGGGAGACCUGCUCAGCGAUCUUCACGGCAAUGUUCAGCUUUCUUGUCACGGCCGCCGGUGGAUUGUGGAUCUUUUGGUUGUGGUCGUUCUGUUUCACAGCCUCCUCCUAUUGUAGCAUUACCGCCUCCUCCUCCGCCGUCGCCACCUCUACCUCCACAAGUCUACUCUCCUCCGCCAUCACCUCCUGUUUUCUCUCCGCCACCGUCUCCCCCUGUCUUCUCUCCUCCCCCACCCCCGCCACCUCCUACACCACCAGUAUUUUCUCCUCCACCACCACC